CAGAAACACCACUUUGCAUGAGGAAUACCUCUUCACUGUCACAAGAGAAACCUUCAGCUACCUCCUAUAGCAGCAUUUCACAAAAGAGAACAAGCUGAGCAGGAUCUCUUCACAGGUGCUCCACAGGUGCCACAAUGAAUAGGAACCAGAGGAACUCAGGUAGAACUGCUGUGUUCUACAAACCAGUGAAAGUGAUGAGAUCUGGAUACUUCUACAAAUCUCCUGGCUCAAAACUGCUCAAGUCAGAGAAAUCAUGGAAGAAGCGUUUUUUUGUGCUGUUCAAAAUAGAUGAGCAGGAGCACCAGCUCAAGUACUACAAGAAUGCAGAUGACAGGGACAGGCCGCUGGGAGGGAUAGACUUGUCACAGAUUUCGCUGAUGUUUUUGAGCCCUCAAAAUCACCCAAAGUGGGGAUGGAUCCAGAAGAUCUUCAGGUGUCCCCCCUCCUGUGUGCUCUACAUCCGUGUUAGCGAGCGAGACUACUUCCUUAUUGGAGAGAACAGCGGUGACGUGGAGGACUGGUUCUCUGACCUAUUUGAAGCCCUGAAAAACCGACCACACAAAGUCGGCAGCUCUGAGGAUUUGUCUUUUGAGCCGCAUGUGAUCACUGGGGGAGAUGUGAAACUACGGUCCAUGUCUGAUCCGCCCCCACCUACACAGGAGAUGCGAACGAUUCAACAAAAUUCAAGACCCUCCUCAGAGCCAGUCUAUGACUACCCAAAGUCCUACCUAAGAAGCCCACAGAAAAGUGAGGAGGACAUUAGAGGCAAGGAUGACACCAAUAUGUACAUGAAGAUGGAGGCAGUAUAUGAAACAGUCAUGGUGGCAAAAUGUGCUGAACUAGAGACUCAAGAGUUGGGGGGCGUUCCAGAGGUAACAGGAGGCAGCCUGCUGAGGUCUGUCACUCAGGUCUAUGACAAGAUGAAGAUGCAGAUUUCUCCACUGCCCGAGGAGACAGCUGCUGAGGACAGUGACGAGGUGAAGGACAGAGACUCGAAGGACCUGACAGACUACAGCAGCAGCUCCAGCGAGAACAGGGCUGGUUCUCCUGAGGAGAUGCUGAGCGGGCAAAAUCCCGGCAAACUCGAAAAGCAAAGCUCCAGCGAAAGCAUUGGCGGAACAGCCCUGGAAGAAAAGGACAUAGAGGUCAGCCGUGCAGAUUUGAAGAAACACCUGACGCUCAUGGAUGUGGACGGGAAACCAUGUGUGUUUGGGUGGACUGGCCAGCAACAGACCGGGUGCCUGUUCCACAAGGGAGACCAGAUUCUGGCCAUCAAUGAUUUGCAUACCAGCAGCGUGGAGGAGUUCAACUUGUAUCAUAGCAAGAUACUGAAGAACCAGGUGAAGCUGACCAUCUUGCGUCUACCUGGAUGCCAGCCUCUGCACUCGCCCAGCUACGUCUGCAGUGACUGAAUGGGAACCGGCCUGCAGAGCUCCUGGAUGUGACAGCCACUUCCCCUGCACGUCUGAGUGUGUUGAAAUGACUCUGUAAGGCACUUGCGUAUAGACAGUGUGUCUGUGCCACAUAUCGACCACUUUGGAAAACAUGCAGACACUCCGUUUCCAAGGCUGUGGCCUCUACUGCCAGCUGAUCUACCGCCUUGUUGAGUUUACUAGAUUUUAAACUCUCGAAGUACAGUUAAAAGUUCUUUUUCAUAUAGCAGAAUAUCCAGUGUAACAUGAUAAAACACGUCACUAUUUAUGACUACGUGCUCCGUGUGUAAACAGUGACUUGCAGUUCCGAGUAUCGCUGAAUCCAUUUACCAACAUUGUUCUAUUUGGGUGAAAGGUUUGCUCAUGCCAAAUAGCUGAGGGUGGUAAGAGGAAAGAAAAUGAGAAAGGCAGCUUGUUGUACUGGUAGGUACUUCUUCAUACCUCCCGUAUGAUGUGGAAACACAACAACAGCACAAAAACCCCCUUAUCGUCCAACCCUCAGGAGCCAAUAGAAAUGCAGCUAAGGGUGAAAUUAAACCUUUGUACAGUAAAUCGGCGACGUGUUGGGCACUUAAGAACAGAGAUGAAGUCUGAAUCUGAGUGCAGAGCGGAUUUGCUUCCCUUUGUGUGUGUUGUCAAAAGGACCCGCCUACACUCAUUUUGACGUGUCUUAUUAAUCAAAGCCAAAAAAAAUGUGACAUGAGAACAGUUGUGCACAAAAUUAUGAAGGGAAAAAAGAAUGAAACAGUAUUUUGGAAGCUUAAUGACCCAGUACAAAACUGUGAGGCAGUUUUAAGCAUGGGUCUUAGACUAAAAGAGGUUUUUAGUUCAAAUGAAGAACUAAUGGGGCCUUGAGGCUGUCUUUUCACAAGGUUUAGUCAAAACAAAGAAAAGCGUAACCUAAAGUCCCAUCACUGUGAGAAAUCCUGGUAGUUACAAACUGGUGUGAUUUUCCUCCCUGGGAAUUAAUCGUCAAACUUUAAAAACCAGUAUGACAACAUUCUUGUCAAAAAAAAAAAAAAAAAGUUUUCACCAAGGAGUUAAAAAAGCUUGAUAAUAUUGCCAGCCAUGAGCAAGACCAAGUGAGCAUUUGAAGGAUAUUCUGAAAACGUGGCUGUGUUUUUCCACUGCCGUCACACAGAUCAACAUAGAGGAUCCUUUUGAAAUCAUCUUAGCUAUGAUUUGCAUUUGCCUGUUAUUUAUACUGACCAUGCCCUGUUGUGUCUUAUUACUCAUGAGAGAACAACCAAGUUGCUUGACUAGUUUGAACGACAUCACCGGUAAUGCUGGUUCAUGCAGGUUACUAAAUAUGCUGUGCAUGUGAGGAAAUUACUAGGCAAACCAUGUCUGGCUUGUUACAUUUUCUUAAGCACACAUAUAGAUUUUUUUCAUGACAGACAUAUCAAAGUAUCAUUCCAGUAACUAUCUCCACAAUGUGAAUCCAUUCAUGCUUUUGGUGACUAAAGACAGACCAUGCACACAGUAUAUCCAGACUUAACUUUGCCCUACUUUUCCCCUCAGAAUACUUUUCCAGUAAAUAGGUGUGGAUGCAUAACAGAAGCCAUAGUGAGAGAUUAGUAUUCCAUGUUGUUCACACCUCAAGGAGAGUCUGGCAAAUUAAUAUGCAGAUGGAAUAGUGUCUCACUCCAGGCUGUGUUUCACCUGUUUCUCUGUGAUUGGAAAAAUGACUGGUGUUUCACACAACAGUGUACACCGCACUGAAAUGUAGUUGUUGUAUAACAGGGUAGAUGAAGACAGGGUGUCAAGAACUGAAGGUUGUUGCAGCCCUUUUUUAAAAUUAUGUCCAGUCACCAAAGACCCGAGGAGACAAGGACAAAAUUUCCUUUUAAACAUAAAACAAACAUCAAAUGACAAUUUUCUCGUGGAGUUGCUGACGUCAUUUUGAGACAAGGCCUGUUCCCUUAAAGUCGCACAACCUAUUGCAUGAUUAAUGGUUGAAAAGGGUAAAAGACAGAUGCCAGAUCUUUUUUUUCUUUUCUGCAAAUGGCUAAUCUUAACCUGUGCUGCUCAAGCUGUAAAUACAUCGUUACAAAUGUGUAUCCAUUUAACGUUAUACCAAGAUAUCAAAUGUGACCAUUGUUUAUAUUUGUAAAUUAA